AUGCAGUUCUCCUCCAUUGUCACCUUCGCUCUGCUGUGCGCUGCAGCCACCGCCUCCUCCCUCAACGCUGGUGCCAAUCAGUUGGACAAACGACUCUUCUGCAACGACGCGACAUGUAACACCCAGUGUCUCAACGCCAAUGCCCUUAGUGGGCAAUGCGGUGGGACGGAGGACCUUCGCUGCAUCUGCAGUUACAGGUUGCCAGCCGCUGACACGAAGGGUGCCGCUGCCCCUGCCGCAGGUCCCUGA